GGAGCUAUAAUUCCACAUUUAUAACAUUGUUUUAUUUCAAGCCUCGUGUUUUCAUGCACGUUUCCCCCAAAUUCUGCGCGUGCGUUUGGGAUAUUUAUGAUGUAAUCUUUAAAAUCGAUAAACUAUAUGCAUUUACUUUUAACGAUAAAGUAGCGUUUUUUGCCCCCACAAAAUAACAAAAUGGAUACUUCACUUGAAGCCUAAGGUACGCAUGCAUCACAAUAUUUUUCUUACCUGUUGAUGGCUGGUCAUAACGCCUAAAUCCGCGUUGGUAAAAUCCAAAGGUCUGUGCAACUUUGCGCUGGUCAUCCUCAACCGAUGUCUCGUCGCUACUAACGGCGUUCCUAUUAUUGAGGCCUCUAAAAAUACAUCCCAAAAUAUUGCGGCCUCCCGAAAUUAGCCAAUCACGACGAGGAUUGGGGUCUCCUUUGUGCGUCACAUUGGCGCACGUAUUACGCACUUGACGGUUAAUCAAAGAGCGGUGUCGCACAUGCUAAUGAGCACAAGAUGGCCAACUAACGGCCGGAAGUCGUCCGCGAGCCGCUUCCAAUUUUGAGCAAAAAAUGCGUUCUUUUCUGUGUGUUAAACACACUAAAACAAAAACAAAAAAAGUCAAGAAAAAGAAUUGCUGUACGUUCCGUGGCCAUCACGAUGCGGUCAACGUUACACCUGCAGCGGUGAACCAAAUGCCUGCUGAAGCUCUUGAUGGCCAGCUUGUAGUGUUGGCACAGGACUCCUUAUUUCUCCCUCCUCCACCACCACCAACACGACCUCCUCCUCCAAAAGCCACGAACUUUGUUUCCCCCGACAGGAUAAAGAGGAAAACAGCAGCUCAGGAUUCCACCGGGCCCUACAUAAAGAAGCCCCUAAAUGCCUUCAUGCUCUUCAUGAAGGAGCAGCGGCCUGUGGUCAAGGCCCAGUUCCUUCAUGAAAACAGCGCUGCGGUCAACAAGAUCAUGGGGCAAAUGUGGAAGUCGCUGAGCCUGGAACAGCAGCAGAAAUACUACGAGGAAUCCGAGCGGCUCAACAGAAUCCACGCCAGCACAUACCCGGGCUGGUCCUGCAGCGACAAUUACGUAAGCCCUCUUUUUUUCCCCUCAUUUUCACAAAAGUCAACAAAUUUGUCCAAUGCCAUUUUUGUGCGUAAUGCACGAUGGUUUCUUCUGGUCCAGGGCAAAAAGAAAAAAAGAGUGUGGGGAAGCGCAGCCACCGGUUUCAACAAUCGGAGCACACCUGCACCUGAGCUCCCUGCGCUGGUACGCGCGCCGUCCGCAUCAAGCUGCAACUGGCAUGAGGCGCCCCAGGUAGAACCCACUUCUGUCCCGUUUACAUUGGGAGCCUCACUGGUGACCUAUGUCCCCUUGUCCUCCUCGCCUUCGCCCGCAUCCUCCUGCCCCACCUACACUCGGUUGUAG